AUGGGCUUAGAUGUAUACGCCAACACCUUGAACCCUGAAAGCCAGAGAAAGCGCAAGCACAACACUAAAAGAAGGUCAACCAACACAAAAGCUCUCUCGUCAUGCCCCCAACAACCCCGCUCUCCAGCCGCUACCACAACCCCAUCACUUCCAUUUCCAAACAAAGCACAAGCAAGCCAACGCAGUCAACAAAAUAACUUAACCUGCACCGAAGAUCAAGUCCAAGAUCAGCCACCCCCGCCCAGCCCAGCGCCACCGCAAAACAUGAAUACACAAACAACAGCCCAGUCGCAACCCCAAACCCUCAAUCCGAAAGACGUCGCCCGCUCCACACCCGAACAGGACAUCCACUUCUACGGCUGGUCCAUCCGCCGGCUCCUGAGCAGACGCAGAAGUCGCAGAUACAGCAUUUUGGAGCGAGAGCCGAACCGUCUACGGAAGCGCAUGAGUAAUUAA